AUGACCUCCUCGCGAGAAGCCUCCCCCGACAGGCAGCGCUACGUAGACAUCCACCCCGUCGGCCGCGAGGAGCUCCGCAAGCAGCGCUCCCAUGGCCCUGUCAAGUUCCGCGGCACAGGCGCAGGGCGGAGCGAGAGGCGGCCACCGCCGGAGAAGAUCUUCACCCGGCAGGUCUCCCUCGAGUCCGGGGUCGCCAUGCUCGCCGCCGGCGCCGGCGGUGAGGAGGAGCACCCCCCACGGCCACCCCCGGCGGCCAGCGGGCGGGGCGCCGCCAGCCGGAAGGGGGACUUUAGCAUGUUCCGCACCAAGUCCACCCUCAACAAGCAGAACUCCAUGCUCCCCCUUCGCACCGACGGCUCACACCACCCCACCGCGUCCAACGGCGCCACCAGCAGCGACGACUCCUCCAUGGAGCAGAUCGUGCCGGCGGGGAGGUACUUCGCCGCCCUGCGCGGCCCUGAGCUCGACCAAGUCCGGGUAAGUAAGUAACAAACCUGUAAGCUUCAGCUACACCGGCGGCGCUGCCCACCUUCUGCUGACUUCUGAUGGUGGGCUGCGCAGGACUACGAGGACAUACUGCUGCCCAAGGACGAGAAGUGGCCGUUCCUGCUGCGGUUCCCAGUGAACAGCUUCGGUAUCUGCCUGGGGCUGGGGAGCCAGGCGAUCCUGUGGGGGUCCCUCUCCACCAGCCCCGCCAUGGCCUUCCUGGAGGUGAGCCCCUUGGUGAACCUCGUGCUGUGGCUGCUGGCCCUGGCCGUGCUGCUCGCCAUCUCCGCCGUCUACGCCCUCAAGUGCGCCUUCUACUUCGAGGCCGUCCGAAGGGAGUACUUCCACCCCGUGCGGGUCAACUUCUUCUUUGCCCCCUGGAUCGUCUGCAUGUUCCUAGCCAUCAGCGCACCGCCGUCGCUGGUCCACCGACAGCAGCUGCUGCACCCCUCGCUCUGGUGCGCGUUCAUGGCGCCGGUGCUGUUCCUGGAGCUGAAGAUCUACGGGCAGUGGCUCUCCGGGGGGAAGCGGCGGCUCUGCAAGGUAGCCAAUCCGUCGUCGCACCUGUCAGUGGUGGGGAACUUCGUGGGAGCCAUCCUCGCCGGGCGGGUGGGGUGGUGGGAGCCGGCCAAGUUCCUGUGGGCGGUGGGUUUCGCCCACUAUCUCGUCGUUUUCGUCACGCUGUACCAGCGGCUGCCCACCAGCGAGGCCCUCCCCAAGGAGCUCCACCCGGUGUACUCCAUGUUCAUCGCCGCCCCCUCCGCCGCCAGCAUCGCCUGGGGGAACAUCUACGGCCAGUUCGACGAGGUCUCCCGCACCUGCUUCUUCAUCGCCCUCUUCCUCUACAUCUCCCUCGUCGUCCGCAUCAACUUCUUCCGCGGCUUCAGGUGAAAACCCAUUUCAUUCCUGAUGAAAAUAUAAGAAGAUUCUCCAACAAUCUGAUGUUAUUGGGUCAUGUUUCACACUUACUUUCACGCCGGGUGCAGGUUCUCGGUGGCGUGGUGGUCGUACACCUUCCCGAUGACGACGGCGUCGCUGGCCACCAUCAAGUACGCCGAGGCGGUGCCCAGCAUCAUAACCAAGGGCAUGGCGCUGGCCCUCUCCAUCGUGUCCUCCGCCAUGGUGUUCAUCCUCUUCGUCUCCACACUUCUGCACGCCUUCGUCUGGCGCACCCUCUUCCCCAACGACCUCGCCAUCGCCAUCACAAAGAACAAGGUCAGCGGGAACUCGCAGAAGGCCAGGGAGAAGAAGAGCGGCGGCGGCGGCGGCGGCGGGAAACAGAACGACGGCGGCGUCAAGAGGUGGACGCAGCAGCAGCAGGAGCCGCCGUCGCCCGUCCCUCUGAUUCCCUCCGUGAACAAGCGCAGCAGCUCUAUGGGGAAGGAUUGA